AUGACCUUCUUCAAUGCCAACCAAUCUUUCUUCCUGGACGCUACGGCGUCUAGUCAACUCCCCAUUGUCGUGAACGUCCUGCCCCUCAACGACGUUGAGGUCUUUCAAUACCUGGAUGCCCAUCCAGAUGCUCUCGUCCGUUACUUGACGGAGCGGGUUGGGCUCGCGGAGUCCCUCAUCAGGACUCUCGCGCCGCCACAAGACCGAAACGACGAGGCCGCCCCUGCAAAAGGGAGCAACGAUGCCUCAGAUGAUGCGGUCGCCGACGACGAUGAUUUGGAGUCGGUGAUCUUUGUAUCAUCUGGGGCAUGCGAUGAACAGGCCGUCGUUGAGGGUGAUGAGGGCGACGACGACAAUGGGGAGGUUGAUGACGACAAUAACUCGGUCGACAGUGAGGCCUCUGAGGAGGAUGACUCUCAGGCUGGUCCUGAGGUCAAUCCGACUCAUGCCGAGGAGGAGAACACCACCACCAACACUCCCCUCUCUUCUUCCCCCAGUUCUGGCUCCCCGUCGACCACCACACCAUCAGCCCCCAUAACUCCUCCCCAAUCAUCACCACCACAAGAUGCCUCCAUCCUGCCAUAUCCGGCACCUCCCAACCUCGUCGCCGCCUCCAGACAGCAGCCGGAUGGCAAGAAAUGGCGUCUGUUCGAGGAGGAGUCCUGCAUUCGACACAUGCUUGACAUCCGCAACGAAAACCAGUUGCAGGGAGAGGCUCGUUUUGCUGAAGCGCAGCGAAGAAUGGCAGCAAUGGAUGGCAUCAAAAAAGACGGAAAAUUCGCUAUCAAGAACUUCUGGAACCGUGUUGGCCGUGCUCGCUCUGGGUUUGACGAGAGAAAGAACAAGAAAGCACCACUGGCGACGUCUCGACAGGGCAAGAGUGCCACAACAUCAUCCUCUCGACCAAGGUCGACUCCUCGCAAGCGCAAGGCUACAGCGUCAACAACCAAGACGAAGCGCAAAGAUGAAAGCGGGUCGGACUCCGAAGAGGAGGGUCCAGACUAUUCGGUCCCAUCAGAGGACGACGAACCAUGCAAACCACUUUCCAGAAAGAGAGGUCGAGACGACGACAGUGAGGAUGAAGGAGAGCCCGAUCAACAGACCAUCAAUGCAGUUGCCAAAGGGUUAAGAACACCAAAGAGAAUGCGCACUGCUGUAGAGGCGUGAGAGCUCGAAAUUUGACAUCAAACAACACCACAGGCAUUGAGAGACUUGACUGAAUUUAUCGACAUGAGGGAGGUGGAUUGGACAUGUGUUGAAGUCCAUAAACAUGGAACCAUUACCCCGGCUGGUCCGGUGCAUUGGCAGGAAUGGAGAGUUGAAAGAUGUUUUGAAUCGUGGCAAAGAUCACCACCAAGGAAUCGAUGAAAGUAGAAUGCUAUCUAACAUGGGAUAUGCUCUUGGAUAUUGGAUAGGCGGGUGUGAUGGCGAGGCCUAAUGAAG